GUGGAGGGCGACCACACGACGGGACUCACACGAGCCGAGUCCCAACGCAGCCAGCCAGCCAGUACGUUGCGUGACGGCUUCGCCACUCCACGCGCGGUGUUUAUAGCUGUGUCACAAAAACUUGUCCCCUCGCAUGUUGCAGUGCAGACAUAAGUGCAUAACUAACACAUAUACCGUGAAUUUUCGAACAGUGCUUUAAACAACCAAAGUAACGGACAGCAUGUGUGCACCCUAGCCACGUAAAUGUGGUUUUGGGACAUUUGUGCCAGGAAAAAUAAACAUAGCACUCCGAAGCUAUCAAAGCGAGCGGCGCCGAGCUGGCGCCCACCUCCGCCUGCCUGUUGAUGACACAAUAAAUUGUGAUGCUGACACGAACAAGACUCUACAGGAAACUGCGUCCUAGAGGACGGCGAAGGACGUUAUAGUUAAUUCUAGUUCUUUAACGUGCAAGUGCCUAUAUUUAUAAUGGUGGCUAAUCGUAGAAACUUUAUAUUUCGAGUGAGCAUUGUGAUCAAUGUCAUUGUGUUAUUUUAUACAGCCUUACAUCUUUCCGGGACCUAUCCUUCUCCCCAAAUAGAGUGGGUGCAGAUAACAUCGGAUGGAUCAGAAAAGAGCGCGGAGUUGAGGGACACAAGGGAGUACACAAUCGUUCGAAAUGAUACCGAGAGUAGAACAGUGGAUUCCGGCGUCAAGAUCGUCGAAGAAUUAACGUCUCAGAUAACACCAUCAACAAUGCCUUCAACCAAUAAGACUACAUCAAGUACAGCGUCGAUUGCAGAUGUAGAUUCGAAAGCAUUAGAAGCACAAUCAACUAAUGAAAGCCUAGAUGAAAACGCUUACACAUUAGAUGAGAACGUUAUUUCAGAAACCACUUAUUCUCGACUGCGAUCAUUGCUGGCCUGCAAAGAUAGGUAUUUCCUCCCUGAACAACUACAGAGAGGUGAAUACUGGGUUCUGAAAAACUAUAUACGAGCCGAGCACGGAGAGCUGGAGUGCCACGAAACUAUAACAUACACAACACAUGCCGGUUACGAGUUCCUUGAUAACGUCCUGCCUUUAGUCGAACGAUGGCUGGCACCGGUGAGUUUAGCUAUCCACGCCCCCGGCACAGACUUGGCCCCCACCGUGGAUAGCAUCAGGUACCUCCGAGACUGUCUCAGCACAGACGUCAUCAAGCAGUACGUCACCUUCCACAUCUUCAUCCCAAAUAAGCACAUUCCUGAAAAUAUUCCGGACCCAAGUAAAUUUCUGGCGACAUCCUACAACUGCACCCUUUCGCCUCCGUACAUGAAUGUAAACGUGAGCGACACUUACAUGAAGCAGAAGAAAAUAUUGUACCCGGUGAAUGUGGCUCGAAACAUUGCCAGAGACGCGGCCUUGACACACUUUAUCUUGCCGUCUGACAUAGAGCUUUAUCCGAGCCCCAAUCUGGUUCCAAAAUUUCUUAACAUGAUUGCGAGAAACGCUAGCCCAUUGAAUAAGUCCACGAACCCUAGAGUAUUUCCUAUAAGCCUCUUCGAAGUCGCAGCCAAUGUCCAAGUGCCAUCAACCAAAACGGAGCUCCAGGCAAUGUUAGAGAAGAAAAUCGCCAUACCUUUCCACAAGUUCGUCUGUCAGACUUGUCACAACCUACCUCAGGGACAACAAUGGAUGAAGGCACCGGAAACAUCGCAAAUGGAUGUUUUUCAUAUUGGGAAACGAGAAGGCAAAUACGUUCAUUGGGAACCUAUAUUUAUCGGAACUCAUCAGGAUCCCCACUACGACGACCGGCUGAGUUGGGAGGGCAAGAAGGAUAAAAUGACGCAGGGCUACAUCCUCUGCGUCAAGAAUUACGACUUCAUGAUUCUUAACAACGCUUUCCUCAUCCACAAACCUGGAAUAAAGCAUUAUAAAAAGGACACCAGAAGAGAAUACCUCGCUUCGAAACAAACCUUUUUUGUAAAAAAUGUGAUAAUGCCUGAACUUCGUAAACUUUUUGGCACCAAGACUGGUUGCGCUCUGUGACGAAAACCGAAUGUUAUUAAAAUAUUUGCUAGACUAUCGAAAACAGGGUGAAAGUCAUCGUUUUUAUAUUUUUCCAGAUUAGAAUGAAACAUAUCAAACUGAAUAUUUAAUUAGAUAUAACGUCAACUACUACCGUGAUUUUCUUGUUAUCAUAAUUAUAUACAAGAAUUGAUUGAAGAUAAACAAAAUAAAAUUAACAAAAUCGGUCAAAAAUGUGAUUGUUUUUUAUCCACGGGAAAUGUGUUUUAAUGUUUGUAAUAUAAGUAUUUUUAUAUAAAAAUUUGUAAUGCUGAAACUAAUGAAAACGUGGCCUUAUUUACGAUUCGAAUAAGUAUAUACAGAAACUUGUUUAGGUACUUAUUAUCUAAGAUUUACAUUUCAUUUUACAAGACUUAUAUUUUUCACUUUAAAAUGACGAUGAUAUUGUAAAUUGGUAUUAAUAUCUAUGAUAAAAAUGCCCCAUCCCAUUUUUAACGACUCAUAUGGCCCAUACAUAUACUCAUAUACAUCAAUUUUAGGGUUUACCUACAUU